CAAGUUAUUAGAAAUGGAGUUGAUACGCAGAGCUCCGCUGUUGUGAACGUGUUUUUGUCGAUUUUGUACCUUGUAGUGCUUUGUAACAAGUUUGUAAAAUGUUUGGUACUAAGAAGGAAACCAAACGAAGAGCGAGACCUGCUGGUCGUGACGGAGGCCUAGCUCAGUAUGGACUUUUUGACGUGCCCGGUCAAAUCAGCAGCAUCGACGGGAUGAACGACUUGGAUGAUGACGAUGACGAGGAUUUUGAAGCAGAGUUGGCCGCUUUGACAGGCAAUGACGAAACACCAAAACGUCGCAAAGAUGCGGCGAAAGUGUUACCAAGUGCACGGCUGGAUGUCAUGGUUGCAGAAAGUAUGAGGGAUAUUGGUGAUGAUGAGGAACUAUCAGGAGAUGAUGAUAACCCUGAUCUUUUGAAUGAGUUGCAUGAGCUGACAGGGGAAGACCCUACAGCACUAUCAACCCCUGAGCAUGAGCAGGAGCGCCCUGUUGCUGAUGAUAACGAGAAAGACAGCGAAGGAACAGUGAAACUCCUGGAAGAACGCUUAGCCAGUUACAAACUAGCUGUAAUUAAAGCAAAAGCUGACAAUGAGCCUGGUCGUGUCCGAAGAUUUAGUAGAGGGUUAAAAACCUUGGAGGAAAUGCUUGUGGGUGCAAAACGUGGACAUCCAAUCAACACUGGCGAUGUACCACCGUUACUUCCUCCUUCCGCCACUGGCCCUAUUACUAAAGAAGAAUUGCCAGCUGAUUCCACACCUACUCCAGAAGCAACUCCUGCUUUACCUGCUGCUGCACCUGCUGCGGCACCUCCACCACCUGCCGAAAAUGUUGAGGAAACUUUGCGACUAUUGAAGGAGCGCCAGCGCGAGUAUCAGCUCGCUGCAGUUGCUUGGAAGAAAGCAGGCAACACUGACGAGGCUAUCAAGCUAGUUCGUAUCUCUAAGCAAUUUGAUGUUGUUGUCAAGGCUCUCGGUGCAGGCGAUCCGAUUGAUUUGUCAGACAUGCCACCUACCCCAACGCUUCCUACAAAGACCGCCCCAGAUAGUGGAUCGCCUGCCACUGCGGGAAAGCAAGAAAGUGAGACCCAAAAUGAUCCUCCACCAAAUGCGCCCUCACCUGUAAGUGCCUCAAGUGGUGGUGACGUCCUUGGCUCCGCUUUGAAAGAACGCUUGGAGGUAUACAGGCGUAUGAAAGUUACAGCUGAAACAGAUGGCAAGGGUGCAAAAGUGCGAAUGUAUGGACGUCUGUGCAAGCAGUUUGAAGAAGCUAUUAAGAUACAUGAGCGUGGAAAGCCAAUCGAUCUGGAAGACCUGCCGACACCCCCAGGUUUUCCUCCACUUGGUACUUUAGUGGGAAACACAUCUCCACCCAAAGCAGCAGCUGAAUCAGAACCAGGAUCAGAACCGAUUCCUGAGCCUGAACCCUCGGAGAAGAUGGAUCCCACACCCACACCACAGAGGAAAGGCCCAGUUCCACCUCCACGAACUAAGCCGGCGAUAUCGCAAAGGCAGGGUCGUACGCGAGCCGAUAAGCAGUUAAUAGAACUUCAAACGCGCCAACACGAACUUAAACAAGCUGCGCUAACUGCGAAAAAGGAUGGAGACUUAGAAUUGGCAAGGACAUAUUUAAGGCAGGCGAAGGGGAUGGAGCCCUUAAUACAGGCCAGUAUAGGCGGUCUCCCAGUCGACAUGAAUUCUGUACCAUUAUCACCACUUGCAAAGCUGCGCUUGAACGAGCUUAAUGAUCCAGACAGCUUUGUCGUAGUCACAAGCAAAGAUUCCGGAGCCAUUGAGGGAAAUGGUGACGACCAGCAGAUAUACGAGAAUAUGGAAAAGCAGCUGGUGAAACACAUAAAGACUUGUCUAGCGUCGCGAGAUCAUUCCAAAGCCAUUGGUGACGUUGCCGGUUACAAUAGGUGGGAACGUAUGGCCCUUGGCUAUACCCGUGAUCUCGAUAUGCUCAGGGUCAAACGUCGUGACGGUCUUCCACCUCCUGUACAUCAUUAUGAGACCAAGUCGUUCGCCAUUGUGCAGUGCUGUACAGACUUGGGUGACAACGACAUAGAGAUUACUAUAGCAAGGGGGGUCAAUUAUCCGCGUGAAGCGGAUACCUAUGUCAUGUUUAAGUUUCCGUAUCCCUCGGAAAAUCCACCAUCAGAUAGAACAUCGACUGUCAGGGAUAGCAACAACCCGGAAUAUGAAGCAGUGUUUCCAUUGAGCGGGGCUCUCGAUCGUUCGGCAAGACAAUGCCAGCGAGUUUUCAAAAGACACAGUCUCAAAUGCGAAGUCUGGGCAAAAGGAUGCUCGCUGAAUCCUGUCCUGUGUUGCACUCACCCAAGAGGGUUUUUACGAAGUGAUAGUCUUUUGGGUACCGUGACGGUAAAGUUGCACCCUUUAGAAACAAAGUGCAUCCUCCACGACACGUUUCCGCUAAUGGACGGAAGAAAACCUGCGGGAGGCAAGCUGGAAGUAAAAAUACGGGUGAGAAAUCCAAUUCUUACAAAACAGGUCGAACAAGUUACAGACAAGUGGUUGGUGAUUGAUCAUUAAUUGAUAAGUAAGUUUGGGAUCAAAAUGCCUUUGGGACUGGUGCUAAUCAUAUGUAAUGACAGAGGAAUUCUGUUAAGUAGUAAUAAUGAUGUGCACAACGUUUAACUAAUAAUUACUUAUUGCCAAUGCCACAAAUUUAUUCCUCCGCAUACCGUAUCUCUUAGCUUUACAAAUUAUAUAUUUUAAUAUUACUCAUAUAAUAUGUAUUUAUGUAUAUAUGUAUGUAUAUAUAUAAGCAAAGUUCAUGUACCAUGA